AUUGGUGACUAUUCGUAUGUGGAGCAUUUUAAUUUGAGCGAAGGACCGUCAGAUAAUAUUGGCAGAGUACUGGUAGGUAUAUGCAAGUCGUUGGAUAUGAGGCAGUCGUGUACGAUACCCGGUCGAGGACAAACGCAACGAUGGGAUUUAGAGAAUGCGGCGAGAAUGUUUUUGGAUUUGUUUCGGAAAGGUAAACUGAAAGAUCACUGUCUUGAUCGAGAACUGCUUUUGCGCAAUUACUGA